AUGUUCUCCUUUCCCGCUUUCCUCACUAGCUUUCCUUUCACCUUACCUUCCUUGCCUUCAAUAUCCCUUCCAGCUAAUAUACAGAGGAGGUUCUUGUCAUAUGUGUUGAAGAGAUCCUUGGGUAGAUUCGUCAAGGAUGAAGCGCUUGAUGCGGAGAGGAUUCAAGCUCAGCUGAGUGAGGGUUGGGUAGAGAUUGAGGGAUUGGAAAUAGAUAUCAAUGAAAUCAACUCCCUCAUACCCCCUGCUGUACCUCUCCUCCUCACGUCAGGUACUUUAUCCAAAGUAACGGCUCGUGUACCAGUUUCAAACCUAUGGUCGGAUCCCCUAUGUCUCACACUUGACACUCUCACGCUAUCUUUCGACUUAUCUAGACCCUCUCCAUUAUCAAGCAACAAGGGCAAGCAACCAUCUUCGUCUUUCUCCACCGCCCGCUAUGAGCUCCAUCGCGACCUCGCAGAAUCAGUCACUUCCGCAGCGGACGAUUUCCUACAUCAAGAGUUGGAUGCAUAUGAAGAAGCUGAAUUGGAUCGAUCGAUAAGACAAUCGCUGGUGCUCAACGCAACAGAUCCAUUCAGCAAUGACGAAGUGCCGGGUUCCUUUCCUUUUGGUGGACCAACCAGUCCAGGUCUAGAUGGUCAACCUUUACCCGCUACAGUUGAAAGUACCACCGUCUUAGCUGGAUUGGUGGAACGGAUCUUAGCGCGAUUGGAGUUUAAGAUCAAGAACGUCAAGAUUCAAAUAAGGUUCGACGAUGAAUAUCAUGGAGGGAUUCUCGAGGUUCUCGUAGCAGAAAUCAAAUAUGCUGAUGAAAGUCAAACUCAAGCUGAAUCAACAGAAAACGAUAAUAGCAGGACGACGAUUCGGUCAAUCCGACUUUCAGGUGUUACCGUUCAUAUGCUUCCUAUACCAACAGUAACAGUAGAUUCAUCUCACGUCUCGUCAAUCAGACCCACAUUUACUACUACUUCUUCCUCAAGAUCAUCAUCUAUAUCAUCAACCUCCACCUCGUCUUCAGGAGGGGAAUAUCAGGAUAUGAUGAUGUCUCAAGCUGUCGUAGAUCUUAGAGAAAGUACGAUGUCGAACCUCAACUCGGAUGCUAGUGUCUAUCUCAGUGCUAUCAGUGAGAGACCAACUGCAAGUAUACCUAGUAUACCUGAAAAAGCUAUAUCUGAAGAAGAAUCAAGUAGAUCGGCUACCCCUACUCCCCCAACUCCAGUCAAGCCGACAUACCAAAACGAUAGAUUACUUAUGACUCUCGGUUCAGAGGAUAUAGUUUUACGAAUGAAGACGACUCGUCCAUUGUCGUCAGUCGCAUCUGUACCGGUGGCAUCCCCGGGCUUACCGCCAUCACCCACAUUUCCACGACAAGAUCUCUCCGCAAUACCUCAUCGCCUUCCGUCUGUUGACAUUCAAAUUUCAGUUGGUACAAUUGCAUCAGUCAUACUCCCGGACCAAGCAGCUACCAUUCUAGCUGCUUUGCAAUAUGCGACGAAACCUUUACCAGAUGGGAAUAGCUCGACCUCACCUGCCAGUCAAAGCUCAGCGACUCAAGCGGGAGCUCAGCCACAAUUCACAGCUCAUGUGCAAAUGAAAGCUCUUUAUGCAGCCAUCAUAUACGACAUGUCGGCUUCAUCCGACCCACGUUUCAUCGAUAGUCUUUCCUCGUUCUGGGUUAAGCCAUCAACCACUUUCAUACCCAAUGGCCAUCUUCGAUUACGCUUGGAUACGUUCGAAGCGCAUUAUGCGACGAAAGGUUCUUCGGCUAGACCUCAGGCUGUGUCCCUACCCAGUAGGCAAAGCCAUCCUAAUACUACACGUCUUCCUCGACGGUCAUCCACCAUCACUCGUCCUGGUCCACCUCCACCUACGCUCAUGGUCACUCUUCAAAACGCCUCGAUAUUCGAAUAUUUGGCUUCUGAUACCACCACCGGGGAUCCUUCGGACGUUCCACCCGGAGGUGCUUUCCCUGUACUCCUAUUCGACACCAACUUACCACGGCAAUACGAAGUGGCUCCUGGUGUUUCUUCAAGUCCAAGUUUUUUGGGGUCUGCACAAGGCAAGAUUACCGCUGCCAUGGGCAGUCCACCGGUAUUCCCAGAGUUCGAUUCGGUCGAUUGGCGGAAUUCUGGUCUGCAGCGAAAAUCAGGAGGGAGUGAGAAACAGUGGAAAGUCAAACAGAAGGGCAAAGGAAUUCUCAAGGGUACUCAUCCACCUACAGCAGAAAUCGACGAAGGGCCAGUAAUGAGUCUGAAGAAAGAGCUAGUCCCGAACACAACCGCGACUAUAUCAUUCAAUCCGAUCCACGUGUUCCUCGAUCUGUCACUCGUGGAACGGCUCCUACCAAUGCUGCGAAGUAUCGCCCCUGCCAUCCGGUCAACCGCAGAGCCUGUGGUGGAGAUACCGCCAUUCGGUGUCCGAUCUUACUAUCGCUCUUCAGAACCUCUUCGACAGAGAACAACAGAGUCAAUUAUUGACGAUCUCGACGCUCAAGCUUCUUCGUAUUCUACCAUUCAAGCCUCUUCACCCAACAAGCCUAUAGUGGAUAUCAAGUGCCCCUUGGUCCGACUGGAUAUUCGCUGUCCUGCUCCGAUCAAUAGAAGAGGUACUUGGGGUGACGGAGGCCACCUAAGAUCGGGCAUAGUGACUCUUGAUAUGCACCAUCUCCGAGCCAGAAUUUCGGCUGCGAAGGAACAGGUAGAUCAGUCAAGCAGGAGAGCCGAAAGUGGGGAGGAUGGCACUAAGGUCAUGUGGGAGAAGAUGGUCCUGUUUUUCUCCCGGGCCCCAGAACGAAAGUCAUCUGCAUUCAUCGUCAUAGGACCACUUGCACCUGACGCAACAGACAUCGACGUUUCACCCUUGCUGCCAAGUAUCGAAUUGCGCUCGUCCACUUCACCAACGGAGAGCAAGACCACCUUCAUCACCUGUCGUAUACCCUGUGUACAGGCCAAACUCAGACAACAGACUAUCGAGGGUUUGCAAUUCUUCGCUGAUGAUAUGACGCAUUGGCUAGAUGGGGCUUUCGGGGAUGGAUCAGCACCCAAGCCUCGAGACGAUCUCAAGAUGAUAGGAAGUAGGUUCUUCGGUGCUCCUGGCUCUACCAGAGGUAGUUCUUCAGCAUCCAGCUCGACUGACGACGAAGACGAUGAAGAUUUAUCAGCUACCAUUCUCAAAUUGGAAAUUAGCGAAACAGACAUAUCGUUAUAUGUACCUAGAACUGAAGGAGGCGAGAGGGUUUUAGCACUGAAGGUUAGCGAUAUGGAUAUUGGAAUCGAAUCGAAUGUAGCUGGAAGGCAUGAAAUGGUUUUCAACCUAUCCCUUAUGGACGCUGAAUUUUCAGAUAAGACUGAUCCGCUUAAUCCUAUCAAAAUAUUAGGACGUACCACGCCAUAUACUCUGACAAGCCAACAACUUCCAUUGAUCCGAAUACGAUUUUCGUCUCUUACCAACAUCGUCACUUCCACCAAAGAGACUGGUAUUUCAAUAACUCUGACAUGUCUCACGUUCUACCUCAAAUCGAUCGAUUGGGCAAUGGACCUCAAAAGGUUCGCCAAAACGCCUGAAGGGGUGUUUGAAGAUGUCGUACCGUCCGAAGUCACUCGGAUCAAGUUGUUCCUUCAGGACUGCUCAGUACACGCUACGACUCCGACUCUAGGUGGAGCGGUGGUACUGGUCCUUGGCUCAUUGGAUGUUGGGACGGACAUCAGAUCGGAUGGGGAUGAUAAUGAGAUCAAAGCCACUGCAGGUAGAAUGGCGAUCUUGGCUGUAGAUGAUUUGCGUGCGGUGGGCGAACUGGGUGUGGGUGUGCAUGAAUCAGCAGAAGUUUGGAGAAAAGCGGGUUACGCCCAGUUGAUAGAAAUCAUCUCGGUGGACGUACACUGUUUACGGGAUUUGACUGGGACUGAUCAGAUCCUACUGGAAAUCCUGCAAACUCAAGUAAAAGUCACUGCUUGUGCCGACUCCUUAGCCAGCUUUGGUAAUUUAGCGGGAGAUUUCGCCAAACUGAUACCGCCAAAACCGACACCUUUGAGACCCGUUCGAUCACCUACUAGCCUCAACCGAUCUAUCAAUGUUUUUGACUCGAUCGACGAACAAGCUUUCAACCUCAUACCUGAUAUAGUCUCGGGAGCAGAUAUGAUCGAAGAUGAUUUACCCACCAAUCUCGAUUAUCUAGAUAGAGCUUCACGAAUGCGGACCAGUCAACCUACAAUGGACCGAACGACUGGGGAAUCUCUUAGAUCCUGGCAGACGGAUGAAGGUGAAGGCGAACUUGGGGGUGAAACAAUCAAGAUCUUACUCAAUGAGGGAUUUGAUAUGGACGAGAAUUAUUGGGAGAAUUUACCAGUUCUGAAUAAAGGUUAUGAUGACGAGUUACAAAUUGGCAAAACCCGUAUACGAGUCAACGAGUGUAAUAUCAAGAUACUCUUACAUGACGGAUACGACUGGCAACGAACACGAAAAGCGAUUGAAGAUGAGAUCCGAGCUGUCCGACGACGACUAGAAAAGAUCAGACAGUUAUUGGCUUCCGGACAAAAAGCAGAUGAAUCGAUGAAUUUUGAAACAUCGACUAAAUCAGUAUUGUUCAAUUCGAUAUACAUCGGUCUAGAAGGAAAAAACUCUUCAGAAAUGAAUAACGAAGCUUUAAUAGCUGCCAUCGAUGAAGAGUUGGAUGAUCUGAAUGAGACCGAAGUUGAAAGUACCGCCAGUUCUUGGCAGACUUUACCAUCUACUGGUGUACCUGGAGGUGGUGUACGACAAUCUAUAAGAAAGAGUAAAAUGAGAUUAAAAGGUAAAAAAUUGUCUCGAUCGAAAAAGCCUCAAAUCGAAAUCAACCUUACAUCCUUACGAUCUUCAAUCGAUUUCUUUCCAUCCACUUCAUCGAGACAGGAGAUGAUAUCAUCCAAGAUCGAGGUGAAAGUGAAAGAAAUGGAAAUACUUGAUCAUAUCAAGACGUCAACGUGGAAAAAAUUCUUGAUGUCGAUGAAAUCUGAUAAUAGGGGUAAUGUAAGGGAAACUGAAUCAGAUAUGAUUAGAAUAGAAUUGAAGGGGAUCACGCUUGAAGAAGGAGGUGAAGAGGAGUUAAGAUUGAGGGCUAAAAUCCUUCCACUGCGAUUACAUGUAGAUCAAGAUGCCUUAGAUUUCCUCAAACGUUUCUUCAGUUUCAAAUUGCCCACUGCGUCAGUAUCAACUACACCAGUAUCGCCAACUAAAUCGAACGAACCAUUCUUACAACAUGUGGAGAUAUUCCCUAUAGAGUUGAAAUUAGAUUAUAAACCCAAGAGAGUAGAUUUCGCCGCGUUGAGAGAAGGUAAAACAAUAGAAUUGAUGAAUUUCUUCCAUUUUGAUGGAGCUGAGAUGACGCUGAGGCAUAUCACUUUGUCGGGAAUCACUGGAUGGGAUCGUUUAGGUACUACCCUACAGGACUUAUGGACUCCCGACGUGAAAGCCAACCAACUUGCCGAUGUCAUAUCGGGUGUGUCGCCCAUUCGAUCAAUCGUCAAUGUCGGUUCUGGCGUAGCAGACCUGAUCUUAUUACCUAUCGAGCAAUAUAGGAAAGAUGGUAGAUUAGCCAAGGGUGUACAGAGGGGUACUAAUUCGUUUGUCAAAUCAACUGCAAUGGAAAUGAUGAAAUUAGGGGCGAGGUUGGCAACAGGUACUCAAAUCAUAUUGGAAAAAGCGGAAAACGUCCUAGGCGGACAAAAUCAAAAUCUCAACAAUCUUGUGGUUCAACCUAUCCCCGACUCCUCGAUCACCUCUAUGGAGCAUUGGGAAAGGGAUGCAGGAGGAUCAUCAUCCAGUGAAGAUGAACUUGACCAUGAAAGAGAAGUGCGACCCGUAUCUAGAUAUGCGGAUCAACCCGAAGGUGUGAAACAGGGUGUACAAGCGGCUUAUAAGAGUUUAUCUAAGAAUGUCAACGCUGCUGCGCAGACUAUCUUGGCUGUUCCUAUGGAAGUUUAUGAGAGGUCAGGAGAUGAUGGCCCACUUAGAGCUGUCGUAAGGGCUGUACCGAUCGCAGUACUGAAACCGAUGAUAGGUACUACCGAAGCUGUCAGUAAGACUUUAUUGGGUAUGAGAAAUAGCUUGGACCCAUCGGCGAGAAAAGAGUUGGGAGAUAAAUAUAAAUAG